AUUUAUACUUCGCCAUUCAGUGAUAACGAUCGUUAAAACUUCUUACCAAUUAAAAGUCGUUCCUAAAUAAUUUCGCUCAUUAUUUAACUUAUUAAUGUUUAAUUUAAUAAUAUAAUCUCCCCCUGUGCUUCUAAUCAGUCAAUAGAUCUAGACGAAUGCACUUUGAAAAAAUGAAAGUAUUUAAAUCGUUUUAAUACGAAUAAAGAGACGAAGAUCGCAUUUCAAAAACAAAAACCCUUUGUUGUUGUUAUUGACGAAUAUCGUAUUUAAUGGAAGACAUUAAUAGAUUGAUUCAUCAGUUAAAACGUAGUGGAGAAUAUUUGGUCACUGGUCAUGAAAAGUUAACACUGGAUAUAGAAGUUCUACACACCAUUAUUACAAGAGUAUUACCAUCUCUUCAUACGGAUCAUAAUAUAAAUCAUCACUAUUUAUCUGAAAUUUUAAAAAAAACAGCCAAAUUAAAAUUAUUAAAAUCAUUCAAUUUGGAUCUCCAGGCACAUAUUAAUCUUACCCCUUUUCAAAGUUUAAUUUAUUUAGAACUUCAUGAUAUAGAUGUAGAAUGGCUGAUAGGUUUAAAUUAUGAGAAAAUAAAAUUUCUUAUAAUACAUGGUCCAAUCAAAUCUUUAGCUACAUUGUUAAAACGAAAAUGGGCUAAUCUACAAUAUUUAGCAUUAAGAGGUGGUCAUCUUGGAGUAUUAGAUGAGUCAAUAUUACUUGCGCCUACUCUUACAUAUUUGGAAGCUCCGAGAAACUUGUUAGUAGACCUUGAAAACAUAGAAAAGUUGGAGUGCUUGGAUUUUUUAAAUUUGAGCAUAAAUAGACUAACACGAGUGCCUAUAUUAAGUGAUUAUGGUGCUAGAAAUUUGACCGUUUUAAUAUUGAGCUAUAACUGCAUAAAUAAUUUAACAGGUUUAUCUAAGUUAGCCAAUUUAAAAGUAUUAGAUUUGUCAAAUAAUAUGAUUGUGCGUCAUGAAUCUAUAUCAGCUGUUGGGGAUAUGGCCUUUUUAAAAUAUUUAAAUUUAGAACAUAAUCCUAUAGCUUAUAUAGAGAAUCAUAGAGAAAUAACUUGUAGGUAUCUUCAUGAAAAUGCUGCAGUUGAACUUUUUGAACUUGACGAUCAACUUCUUUCAAAAUCAGAGAAGAAAUUUGCUGGACAGUCUUCUAGAUCAUUAGAUUUGUCAUUUCUACAUUACCAACAGUCUCCUACAAGUGUUAAAGCGAAAAAAGUAAGAUCUCCAAUAAUUGAAGAUCACAUAUGUGAUAAAAAUAGUGUUAUUCAAACAACUACCCAAAAAACUACCCCAAAAAAAGAAAUUUUGAAGUCAGAACAUUUAACUACUAAAAAACAAAUAGAAAGUUUACGCGAAAUGUAUGGUGAAGAAAACUGGUUACAUAGUCAUGCUGGUAGCUAUGUUCAAGAUAUAUUGGGUAUUAAACAGCAGUCGGAAAAUGAAUUGUUUCCUCAAGCAAUCACUGAAAAACAACCUAUUGAAGAAUCAAAUAAUUUUACUGGUGAAAAGGAAUGUUCUGUACUAAGUAAUGAAUCUCACAAAGAAAUGAAUGUUAAAACAGAAACAGUACAGACAUUACAUGACAGUUCAAGUCUGGAAUACUCUAAAUUAAAUGAAAAACCUAUAACAUUUUCAGGAAAAUAUUGGAGGGCUCAAGUUAUAGAUUCAAAGACUGGAAAAUAUUCCAAUAUUUGUUUAUGUUUAACAGAAAGAGAGUUAAAAGAAAGAAAUUCUAUUGAUGGUCAUUUGCUUGCUACCUGGAGUCGAAAUUCAAUAGAAAGUUGUGUGAAAAUAAGCUUUGAUCCUAUUAAAAUUCAAAUGAACUUUAUGACCAUUCGAAGGAAUCUAAAUCAAAGAAUUUAUAUAAUGAGUGAUGAUAGUGCAAGGGAAUUUAUAAGCAUUAUUUGUACAGAGCUAGAAUCAAGAACAUUGAGUGAAAUGAACCAAUUAGUAUUUAAAUGUGUUAAAUGUACCACAAUAUUUUGUCAAGAAAAUAAUAGACACAUUCUUAAAGAAAAAAGAAAAAUUUAUUGCCCUAAUUGCAACAGUUCAAUUGUUGUUCAAAUGGAAGAAGAACCUCUCCCAUCUGCUAAUAAAUUGAAACAAAAUUUAGCUGAAGAAGAAAAUUCCAAUGAUUCAACACCUGUUAAUUCAAGAUCUAGUUCAGAAGAACCAGAACAACAACAAUUAUCAAGAAAUGAUAGUGAUAUAGAAAUUAUAAGUAACCCUAGCGAAAAUUCUGUUGAAAUUCUUGAAGUAAUUUCAACAAAAGAAAAGAAAUCAGAAAAAACUCAACUGACUAUUGAUGUUAGGACUGCAUUGACAGAAAGUAGCUCUUCAGGAUCAAUGACGGAUAGUGUGUGUACUGCUUAUGAAAGUCGGAAAAAACGCAAUGACAGUUCAUCAUUAAAAGAAACAGGAAUUAAUAUAGAUUCUAGAAUUCCAUCAGUAACAGAUAUACCUAUUCAAUUUUCGUACAAUGACUUUACUUCAAUUGACCAACGAUUAAAAUUUUAUAUCCGACAAAAAUAUUUCCGAGAAAACGAAGAAUUUAAACUAGUUUUUCGAUGUAAUUGUAUUAUGACAAGUCCUGAUAACCGUCUUGAUGGAUGUGUGAUAAUUUCCAACAGAUCAUUAUAUGUAUUUAAAUUCAUUGGCCAACCAGAUGAACUUUUACAAAAAGUGUCCAGUCAUCGAUUGAGCCUAGUCAAGUCAAUUGCUACCCUGCCAUGGAAUGUGGGCUUAGCUAUUUGUGUCACUCAACCAGAAAAUGAUAUGAAAUAUACAUUUGUUCUCUUUGUGCCGCAUAUUACUACACGAUUAAUCGCAUUUUUAGAAAAGAUUAAACCAUUUGAACAACGAGCAGUAUUGAUAUCAUCUCCUAAUACUAAUUCCUAUUUAUAUGUGAACAAUAUCCUUUAUAGAAAUGAAUUGCACUUACCUAUUAUUCAUGUUGUGUUCUGCGAGAGUGCAACAAUUGUUACAGACAACGGACUGGUAGAGGUUAUCGAAUUACCAGGUGUUGUGAUCACUGAAUAUGAAUUAGUAGUAUUAAGCGGUGAAUGUACAUGGCUAUUACCUUAUGAAGAACAUUUUCCUACAUUGGCUCAUGUACAGAACAUGAGUAAUUUCAAUCAUAUUGAUAAAAAUGAAGAAACACUUGGUUUACACUUCAACGAUAAUACAUCGUGGUUAUUAAUUGUAAACAGCAUUGAAGCUGAAUAUCUUAUGGGCGAAACAAUAAGAAUACUAACAAAUGCCAAGCAAAAAUCAAGUUCUGCUAUUCAAAUAGCUGCUGGACUAAAUUGCUCAACUCAAAUCAAUCAAAUAGUUUAAUAGAUUUAUAACAGCUCAAAUUAUUUCCUGGAUUCCAAUUACAGUAAACAUAAUAUGUAAUCAAUAUUUGAUAUUUUUAAAUAAGCAACAUUUAUUUGUAUAAUAAAAUAAAAAUAAUAAUGAAUUAUUAAACUGUAUAGCUUCUAUAGACUUGCCCAUAUCAUACAAGCUUCCUGAAACUAUUAAAAUUGUUGUUGGCACAAGGUUAAUGUCCAUAGAAUGUGAAUAAUUAUUUUUUAUUAUUGUUAUUUAUUACGAUUAAAUAUUUUGUUAAUACUUUUAUUAGUUUAUAAAAAAUAAUAUAUAUAUAUAAAAUUUAUGAACAUAACAGUAAUUUUUGUAUAUAGAAUUUAACUGCCUGUUUCAUUUAGUCAACACCAGCUAGUGAUACAUCUAAAGUAGAUAAAUACUUUUAUUUCUAAGAAGUACAUCAAUUAAGAUUAGGGUUGCCAUAAGUCCCAGAAAACUGGGAUUGUCACCAGUUUUGAACUUCAUGUCCCGGUGUCUCGAAAAAUGUUUUCAGGACGUCCAUAUAUCCCGGGUUAGACGUUUAGAGGAAAUGUAUUAUUGUUUAAUUUUUAAUUUCGACCAUUUUAUUUCAAAGUACAUUUUUAAUUGUAAUCAAU